ACUCAUUUAUAAAUUUUAAUAUUUCAAAAUUUCAAAAUCCUAAAAACCGUUAAAAAUUUAAAUUUGCAAAUCUGUAGCAUAAUCAACAUUUAACCCUAUCUGUCUUAAAAGUUAUAAAGUAUCGGGUAAAAGGUAAUCACAUUUAAAGUUGACAGAACGCACUGCUAGUACUCAAAAGCUUUUUUUUCUUGUUUGAACAAAUUUUUAUCUUUAUUGUAUUUUUUAAGAUUUUUUUUAUAAAGCAUGUCAUCUUCCAAAAGUAGUAAAUCCUCAAAACCCUUUCAAAAAAAUUCCGGCGAUUGGUUUUGUCCUGAUAAGUCAUGCAAUAAUUUAAACUUUGCACGACGUGAUAGCUGUAAUCGGUGCAAGAAACCUCGGGAAGAACAGAAAAAAGGAAGCAUUGGCAUUGGUUCAGCUAUUGCUAAAAGUAGUAAGGGAUUAUUUAGCGCUGAUGAUUGGGCCUGCACAAAAUGUGGCAAUAUUAAUUGGGCCAGAAGAAAUCAGUGUAACAUCUGUAAUGCAAAAAAAUUCGUCGGGUUUGAGGAUGAAAGAACCGGACUCGGAGGUGGAUUUAAUGAAAGAGAAAAGGUAGAAUACAAGGAGCAUGUAUCAUCAGAUUCAGACGAGUAUGAUGAGUUUGGUCGAAAGAAAAAGAAUAAACGUAAGAAAACAUCCAGUGAGAUGGAUUUAAAACGUAAAAGUCGCCGUGAUAGGUCGUCGUCAAGAAGCAGUUCAAGCUCAAGUAGCGAUAGUUCAAGUAGUAGCAGCACAAAAACAAGUUCCUCAAGUUCCAGAAGCAAUUCCCCAAAAAGGAAAAUAUCUCGAAGGAUGAGCAGGUCCCGAAGUCGAUCAAGGUCACGAUCACGAGAUGAAAGGAAUAGGAAAUCUUCAGAAAGCUAUGAGCGACAUGAAAAGAGCCGAGAAAAGUCCCCAAGUAAAAGCAGGAGUGAGUCUGAGGACGACGAUUCAGAAGGGGAUUUAUCAAAAUAUAAUUUAUUUGAUGAUGAUAUUGAUAUUGAAGCUUUAAAAGCAAACAAAUAAGCAAGAAACACAAAGUUAUAUACAUUGAAGCUAAGUAAUUAUUAUAAAUCAAUUUAUUGAAAAAUUUUGCGCUUUUAAAAGUUAAUUUCGAAGACAUUUUUAUCAACUUAAUCUUUCCUUUCUCCUCUUAAAUACAAAUUAAUUAAUAAUUAAUUAGAAAUAAAAUGAAGCAUGUAUAGAUUUUCAAGAAAAGAACUACCUUACUCAUUCGUAUUGUAUUCAAUUAGUGUCAUACCAUUGCUUCUUCAUCCAUGAACUUUGUUUGACUUUAUUAGCAAGCUGUCGAUCCAAUACAACAAAUGGUUCAUUAUUUCCAAGACUUUCUCUGUAGCUUUGCUGUUUAUCAAUCUCAUAGUUUGGACGAUAAUUGUUAGCAAGUGAAUCAGCAGGAGCUUGAGCAAAUUGAAUUGCAUUGGAAGGCGUUAAAUGGUAAGAACGUUGUUCAUGUUUAUUUGGACAAUAGUCUCGUGAGUAUGUUGUAUUUCCUUCAAUCACAUUAGUUUUCUUUCUUAUUUGAUAAUCCUCUUUCGGCAAUGCUGCUCUCCGUCCAAAUUUUGGACUUCUCCUUGGAUAUUGAGGACGUUGAUAAUUUUCAACCUUCUCUUCCGCUCGAUAUCUCUGCUGCUGCUGCUGCUGUUGUUGUUGUUGUUGUGCUGCCAUAUUAUUGUUUUCAAUGUCAGAAUCAAUAAAAUCGACAGUCUGCAUCCUUGGUCGUCCAAUUCCAUUGUCCUCGUCAAAUGACACAUCAUAAUUUUUACGUGGUUUCCUUGACACUGACAAAUGUUCACUGAACUUUUCCUUUUGAAUCGGAUAGCUCGCACCGCGACCUAAUGUCAAGUUUGUCGGUGAACGUGUAGGAAUUUUGAAAUUUGAAGGUGGUUUAAUCUGCUCAACGAUUACUUCAUUAUUUGCAUCAAACAUUUUCUCUUCCGGAACAUUAACUUUAUUUUCCGUGAGUAUUUUUGUGACAUUAUUAUGGUCGACUUUUUCUUUUGCCUUCUUCUCCUUCUCUUUUUCUUUCUGAAUUGCUUCCGGCGAUGGUCCUCUUGAUGGCGAACGCUCCUUAAUCAUAUAAUUUCUCAUUGCUUUCCUAUACUCGGGUGUAGAUUCUAUUGGAAUUUCAUCGCUAUCGAAGCUUGCAUUUCUGGAAGUUUUCUUGACAGAAUUAAUCUGACUAAUUGGAGGAACAUUAAUUGGCAAAUUUAAAUUAUCAGGCUUUCUUUCUUGGCGUUCAUUCGACGAUAAUUGUAUAUGCGUUGCUGGUUUUUUCACAAUGGGUCGUUGUCUUGGAAAUUCUACAUAGUUGUUUCGAUAUUCUGGAUCAUAAUCCAUAUUACCAUUAAGGCACAAAUAAUCUUCACGUCCUUUAGAACGUUCAGGCAUGGUACUCGAAUCAUAGCUUUUAUAUUUUUCACUAUAUUCAGGCACUUGUAAAGGAUACUGUCCAUUUGAAUGUAAAUUAUCUUGUUGUUUAAUCGACUGCUGUCGACUAUAUGACUUCAUGUCAAUUUCUUUAUAACGAUCGUUAUAUUCUGGUCUCAUUUGAGUGUCUCCUUUAAGGUACAAGUUAUCCUGCUUCUUAAUUGGAGCACUUUUAAUGAAUUGAUCAUAACUUUUGUAUCGAUUAUUAUAUUCAGAUACUGGAUUAUAUCCAUUAGUGUACUUUUCAAAAUGACUUUGUUGAGGAAUUAGUGCACUUUUCUCUCCUAUCACUGCCCUAUAUUUCGAACGAUACUCCGGAACGUAGUUGUUAUUUUCAUAAUCAAGUUUUUCAUGGUAACGGUUCGAGCAACUCACUCCAUAAUUAUUAUUAAGGAUUUUCGCUUCCUUCACUUGCCUCGAGUCUUCCAUAAUUUGUUCUUCCUGUUGUCUCCUUUCAACAAUAUCUUUCCUUUCGCAAUCAACUUUUACUUCCUUAGACUUUCGUUUCUCGUGUUUUGAGUGAUAACAAGGUAUCUUAUUAGAGCGAUUAAUACUGUCCACAGAAUAUGGGAUGUAUUUACUUCGAUAUUCAGGAAAGAGUUCAAUAUUUCCAAUUAAAUGUAAAUUGUUAGGCUUCUUUAUCAUAGGCGGACGAGCACAACUUAUCACAUGAUCAGGAUAUGCACGAAAUUGAGAUUUCUGUUCGGAACGAAUGUCCAUAAUACCAGCAUUCAAUUUAAUAUUUGUAGGCCUUCUUAUCAGACCUAUUCUUGGUGAAUAAGGACGUGAAUGGAAGUUUGUGUCAUAUUCUGUGCUGUAGUUUAAAUGAUUCAAGGACGUAUCUGAUCUAUAAAGUCCAGUUAAAAAUGGAU